AUGCUUUUUGGUGAGGCAGCCGGUGAUGACGAAGCAGAAACUAGCGCAGACGAGAGCAGGGCAGACCCGGGGACUGGGGAGCCGGAGCAGACGGCAUCAGUGGCGCAGACGGCGCAGGGACCGCGCUGGGGCGCGCAGGGGUCCGCCAUGUCCAUGGACCCGCGCUUCCCCGCGACUGGCGAGGCGCCGUACAUGAGUGUGCUCAAGGGCGACACGUUUUUUGCGCGCACCUUCCCCAACUACAAGAAGAUGUUCUUUGACAAGGGCUCCUUCCGCCCCGUCGUGCACGCGAUGCUGGUCGUAGGCUUCAUUGGCUACACGCUCGACUACUUUCAGCACCUGCGCUUCGAGCGGCACAGCUACAAGGAGAAGCAUUUGGGCGGCCACUGAGGCGGCGCGCAUACCGCUGGCUUUGCUCGAGGCUUGCGGCCCGCCGCGCGCGUUGGCCACGCGGUGAGCCAGAGCUCUCCUGUACUUGGGUCUUGAGCUGUGUGUGUGGUUCUCCCCUCCCCCCCCCCCCCCCCCGAUUCGCGACGCUGCGUGGUCUACGCACUCUCCACCCUGACCGUGGUCACACUGCACGACACAAGCAUGCGUAUCAUACACCGGUAAUUGAAGAGC